AUGGCGUCGCCUACCCAGGAACCACCGCCGCGUGCCUCUGCUUCCAUCCCCAAAAUCGACUUGUCGAAGAAGCUAGCGCGAACUGGUGGCCCUCGACGGCAGCCUGCCGCUGGCGACUCAGCGCCACCAACCCCAUCGAUGCCCCCUCGUCCUGCAACAGGAGAUAUGAAGUAUACGCGCCCUGUUCCUCGCAUUCUCUCUGCUCAAGAUCACCAGUCCUUCCUCUCGUCGCCAUCGUACAACUUGGUCACGGCCUUUGUGUUCAACCUGUCAGACAGCGUGCACCAGAAGUCCAUACCAGAUGUUCUCGAUCAGCCGAGUUCUGCCUCGCCACCAUCGCCCAUAAUAUCCAAGAUUCUCGAGAUACUAUCAUCAAUAGAUUCGCUGCUCGAUGCCCACCCAUCCCUUGACCAGGGCGGGUCUCGCUUCGGCAACCCUGCGUUCCGGUCGCUUUUUGACGAUGUCGAGUCUCAUAGCGUAUCAUGGCACAAAGAGCUCUUGGGCAUUACUGACGAGGCUGUCAUAGCCGAGAUAUCAACAUACCUAGUCAACUCUCUAGGCUCGCGCUCCCGUCUCGACUACGGCUCCGGCCACGAGCUCAACUUCAUGAUGUGGUUGCUGUGUUUGUACCAGCUCAGCAUGCUUGACACCCCCGAUUUCCCCUUUCUAGUCUGCCGUGUCUUCACUCGCUAUAUCGAGCUUAUGCGCCGCAUCCAGCUAACAUACUACCUUGAACCAGCCGGGUCCCAUGGUGUCUGGGGUCUGGACGACUACCAAUUCCUCCCAUUCCUCUUUGGCGCAUCGCAAUUGACGGGCCAUCGCUACAUAACCCCCCUAUCCAUACACAACAACGUCGUCCUCGACGAAGAGUGCGGAAAAUGGAUAUACCUUGACCAAGUGAAAUGGGUGGACAGCGUAAAGACCGUAAAGGGCCUACGGUGGCAUAGUCCCAUGCUAGAUGACAUAUCCGGUGCCAAGAACUGGUACAAGGUGGAAGCCGGCAUGAAGAAAAUGUUUACCAAGGAAGUGCUGGGAAAACUGCCCAUCAUGCAACAUUUCCUAUUCGGAAGCUUGAUUCCUGCAACAGAGCAGAUGGGCGUUCGGGAGCCGCAGGAGGGCAUACAUGACCACAGCCACGGCAAUGGCCCUUGCCAUGACCACGCUCAUAACAAGUCUUCUAAUGGCGUCGACUUUUGGGGUGACUGCUGUGGUAUCAAGGUGCCUAGUGCUGCAGCUGCAGGUGAAGAGAUGAGGAAACGACAGGGAGGUUCGGAGCUACGGCCUAUCCCAUUUGAUUGA